CUAUUCUCGUCCUCCUGACUAUUCGCGUCUUCGUGUUUUUGGGUGUAUGUGCUUUGUUCUUAUGCCCCGGCGUGAACGUACCAAGUUAACUCCUAAAAUAGCCUGGUGUGCCUUCAUGGGGUAUAGUGAUAUUCAUAAGGGAUACUUGUGAUUUGAUCCUGUCACCCAACGUAUCCGUGUUGCUAGUACAAUUUUGUUCUUUGAGCAUCUCUAUUUUUUUUUACCCUUCCACUCCUUCCGAGUCAGUCUUUCCUCCUACGGAUUCUUUGCCCAUGUUCUCUUGUGAUGAUCCGCCCAUUGUUAGCAUGGACAACAUGCUGCCCCCUGAUGAUCCAGACUCCCCCAGCUCAUCUGCUUCACCAACCACGUCAUUGUCUUCUAGUUCAGGGGCCUCUUUGUUAGCUAGUGGGACGGGCUCCUCUUCUUCAGCUUCCUCGCCACCUACUGCCCCCGUUGACUCGACUUCGCCUCCACAACUUCGACGUUCUAUUCGCAGCAACAAGGGAGUUCCUCCCACUCAUCAUCAAGACUAUUUGGCUUUUGGGGUUACUUCACACGUUAUUCCUACUCACUACAAAGAUGCUCGUGGUGAUCCAGUUUGGGAGGAGGCAAUGGGGAGUGAGUUUGAUGCGCAUCAUGCGAAUAAUACCUGGACAGUUGUCGAUCGACCUUCUGAUACUCCAACGAUUGGGAGCCGGUGGGUUUACACUAUGAAGAUGUUCCCUGAUGGGUCAAUCGAGCGACAUAAGGCUCGUGUCAUGGCAUUAGGGUACUCACAGGAGCAGGGGGUGGAUUAUCAUGAGACCUUUGCUCUUGUGGCUCGGAUGUCUACUGUACGGACUCUUCUUGCAGUUGCGUCUAUGAAGAACUGGCCUCUUGCUAAACUUGAUGUGAAGAAUGCCUUUCUUCAUGGGGAUCUGGAUGAGGUAAUUUACAUGUAAAAGCCACCUGGGUAUAAUGUCGGGACUCCUGGACGGUAUGCAGACUGAACUGAUCCUUAUAUGGUCUGAAGCAGGCACCACGUGUCUGGUUUAAAACUUUUCAGUAUACUCUUCUAGAGCUUGGAUGUAGUCAAAGUAUGAAUGAUCCAUAACUGUUUAUCAAGAUUACGCAGCGGGGUAUCGUUCUACUUCUUCUUUAAGUGGAUGAUAUGAUCAUCACAGGGUCUGACUUGGAUGGUAUUCGACACCUGAAAGAGGGGUUACAAAAGGCUUUUUGGAUUAAAGAUUUGGGAGACCU